UGAACGUAUCUCAUUCAAACGUCAAUCAAGGAAACACACACGCCAAACCUGAAAUUUGUGAGCUGCGCUUUCGUUUACAUAUUUUUUAGCCGGUUGUUUACGAAUAAUUUUCUGGAUUUACGACAAUUUAUAUCAGACUGACGUUCCCCUACUCUCAGAGCUUUUAUUACUAACACAUGGCAUCUGGCUUCUACUAUCAAGAAAACACUAGGGAAACCGAUGGGUAAACGAAAGAACAUUCGAAAUUUAGUAUCAUCCCACCAACCGUACACCAAACGAUCAAAAUGCUGUUUUUUCACUCGUACCCAAGUGCUAUCUGCUGUUUCAAUAAUCAUAAUCGCAAUUCUAAUACUCCGCUACGAUGAUGUGGCCGAAGUGCAUCGCCGCUUUCGUGUACACGUUGAUCGUCAAUACAACUUGCAUAUGUAUGGCAAAUUGGAUUAUUGCACCCAACCGUUUCAGCCCGAUACGUUAACCGAACCGUUGAAAUUGAAUAUCAUAAAUCAGAAUGAAGCGAUACGUCAAAUUAUUAGUGUCGUUGACAAUUUUAAGGGUGGUGUAUCAAUCGCAUUGGUUGGUGGUUCAGGUGUUGGAAAAACGUUGACGUGCAACAUUCUACAAUCGAAUUUUCAGUGGCCCAGCAAUGUGUUGUACUUCAUAUGGUCUGGCGUUCGUUCUACGUCUAGUAACUAUUACAAAAUUAUAAAUUGGAUAAAAGAAAAUUUGAAAACGUGUGGUGCUUAUUUGGUGAUAGUAGAUAGCAUAGACAUUACGUACGGUGAAACGAUACAGGAAUUAAACGACGAAAUUCGAAAAGAAUUCCGCGAAAGUGAUAUCUCUAUUUUGGUUGUGUUUGUGUUUAAUUUGGCUACUUAUUCGGAUGACGAUUUACAAACAUUGGACGAAAAACGUCUUAGACUGAUGGACAAUUUGCGUGGCAUAACUACAAUCAACUUUAGACCAUUCGAUUAUGAUGAUGUCGAACGGUGUAUCGUUGCCGAAAGUGCAAAGUUAAAUGUAACAUUAAAUGAUGAGGAACUUAGCGAGAUAUUUGAAUAUAUUGAUGUAAAACGAUCUGGAUGUAAAUUGAUUCAUGCAAAAAUUGCAAUGUACACAUAACGCAGUGAUUAUUGUAUUACAACCAAAUUGUUAAUGAAAA